AUGGAUGAACCUCAGUUGAAAAGUGAUGGAUUUAUUUCACGUAAGACGACCUGGCGAAAAGACUCGAUUCCGUUCCACUCGAUGAUCCCCACGAAAGCGGCGUUGGCCUCAGCCUUGGACGAGGCGAGACAGAAUCUGGAGGGCCAGUUGCCCCAAGUGCAUGAGAUCCAGGUCGGCGGACCGGCAGACCUCGACCGACCGAUCGGAGAACUGCUCAAAGAUCAGGUCCGGUUCAUCAUCAUUCAUCGGAUGGGACAGACACCUGAACAAGGAUGGGAUUGGGAUCGUGAUGACUCUUAUGAUCAUACUUUAUACGAUACCGAUCGACCGGACGAAAUCAUUCGUGCUUUGGAUCUCACUCAUGCUCGGAACUCGGUCCCUCUCAAAACUCAGACCGAUAAACCACUCGUUGGGACUAUUUAUCAGCUCCAGGCAACUCCGACGAAGAGCAUAGCAGACGACAUUCUCACCUCGCUCACGUACUCCAAAGCGUCUUCGUUGCUCGUCUAUACCAAGGCCAACCUGGAUCCUUUUACGUAUACUUGGGUCAAAGGCAGACAUUUUAUCGAACCUGGCUUGGUGGUCCUCUUGAACGAUUUUGUGGAUUCAGUCUUGACUGAACAUGCGAUCGAGAAAUCGAAGAUCAGGGCUGGACUGUUCUCUUCCCUCUAA